CGCAUAAUUAUUUCUCUCAAAGCAUUAAAUGAACCUCCAGGUUUGACGACUCUGACACACGACACUGGGGUCUCUUAGAACCCCAAGGGCCCACUCCUUGAUAUGCUUUCGACAGGGCCCCCCUAGUCAAAGUAGUUCCUUGGCCGUGGCAGCCGUUGCAGAGAAAGUUGAAGCAAUCAAUGCCAUCGGGCGUUAAAGAUUUCAAACUUGUUUCCCAAGACCGAUCCCUGUAAAUGUCAAAAUGGGGUGUCUCUUCAAAAUCUCUGUCGUUGGACAGAUGAUAAGCUGACGUUUCUUCUCUCUCAUGCCCGUUUGCAUACAUCUCAUUUUGCUUCAUCUGAGGCGUGGCAACCAAUCCGGGGAUCGGCUCUUGGACAUCGAAAUUGCUCUUGCGCUUAUUACAUUCCAUCCUUGCACUCCAUCGUCAUCUUGGACCCAGUUCCCUGCUUGUUGCCGGCCGUUUAACCGCAUUCGUCUCGAUUCUCAUCAACGGCUUCAUACGAUAGGCUUCCGUGAAAGGCGGGGUGGUCCCUGUGAGACGAGGGUCAGUUCUUGUCCAAAAAUCAUCGCAGGUUUUGUUAAAGAGGAUCCUGGUCCCUGAGAAAGUCGGUCCUUGGUGAACCGUCUUCUGUGUCAGACCCUGUCGAUGCAGGGAACUAAUCAGUCAAAACAAAGGCCUUUUAUCCUCUAAAUCCAAGCAUAGAUCUCGCCCCCGCGCUGCAUUGGGCUUUGCUUUGCUUCACCCACUGUUUGUGUGUCAAUCUAUUCUAGACGCUUUACAAAACGACACCCUCGUGCGGUCGCGCGACAGAUUUCAGCCAUGGCUACAAAUCUGUCACGGGCUGCUACUGUAUCGGCUGCCUCCGGAUAUCAACGUCGUAGGGGAAGCUUCACCGCCGACUGGACAGACAGUCAUUCUCUUUCCAAACAUUCAUUCGACAAGCGGGUUUCCAGAGACGAUCUUGCACUCAUUCUCAAGAGCUCAAAGAAGGGCAACGUGACGGCGUUUCAUAUACCGAUCCAUGGCCGACUUCCAUCCCCCGAACACAGCCCGCGAACCUCGUCACUGACGAGAACGACUUGGGUGCGAACUUCAACUCCAGAUUCUAUGAUAGAUUCUGGUGAGACUGGUGUUAUUGCUGUUGGUAUGGCAAUUGGAAGUCCAACACAAAUGGGAGACUUUGCGCCGGCGCCCUGGAAUCCACAGAACAGAGCCAUGAAUGCAGUCGUCGACAUCCGGGAGCCGAUACCAGAGCCUGCGCCAGAGCCUGUCGAUGACACUCAGCAGAAGGCUCGUAAAUGGGGCCUUUUUCGAUCAAAAUCGAAGCGAGCCACACGGCCAGAGAAGCCCCAACGAUCUAUGACGGAGAGUGUCAAUACUUCUACCACAUCAUUAGGUUCUUCUGGAAUGCCGACUUCAGCACCAGCAGAUCAGAGUUCACGAAAAAUGCCAAAGCAUAAACCUAUCGUUAUUCGAUCUCAAACUGAACCAAUUAUAUCAGAACCCGCGCAGACGAUUGCUGAAGUGCCUCGGUCGGUACCAACGUCAGCGGAGGCGAAACCUAUAUCGCCGGGAAAACUAACAAAGGAGAAGCCUGCUCUUCAGCGCAAGGCAUCAAAGGAAGCGAAGCUGAAGGACCCGGGUUCAGGAGGUAUAGGCCGCAAAAUGUCGCUAAGAGGCCUUCGAGGUGACUCUAGCAAGAAGCGAUCAGAAAAAGCAAUCGCACCGCCGCCCUCAUCGCCGCCUCCGAUGCCUGCUAUUCCUCACUCUCUGUUAGAUGUUGAGAUUCCUAGCAUCAAAAUGGAUCGAUAUAGUGUCAUGUUUAACAGUGUUUUACAGCCACCGCAAGGGUCGGCCUCCUCACUUCUUGCUCGACGACAGGCUACUCUCGAUCAUCUGAAGUCUGUGAAGGACGCAAUCGCCGAGAAUCGAGACGAGUCUCUUCGACCACGGAGGGCAACGUCGCCACAGCCCUCACCAGCUUUUGUUUCCCAGGAUAACUCAAAGCCUCUGCCUUCACCUCGGUUCCGAGCCAACACAUCCCCGGCCUUAUUGGACUCAUCAUAUUAUCACUCAGAGGAGUCCCCUGAGGCAGUUACACCAAGAGUCACCCAAGUUUCGCGGUCAGAAUCUCAGCACAACAAGUUCGCAGCGCAAGCUACACAUUAUCAGCCCGCCCUUGUCUCCAAGUUCAACAGACGUCCCAGUGCUGCGUCUACGGAGAAGAUUAGCGUUACUUCCGCAAAACAGACCUCACCUCCUGUGCCCAUUAUCUCGCCCAACACCCACUCCAAACAUUCGUCUCCAUUUACUCCCUCACCAGGCACAGUUCCCGAAUCUCCUGAACACACAGACGACGAGAAAGAUGUUCAGGUAGCUAAGGGAAGACUCUCUUCUCCUUCGGAGCCCUCGUGGCACAUGGUCUCGCCCCCAGCUUCCAUCACGUCCUCCGGCGCCGAAACCUCGAGGCGAUUCUCCCCAUCUUCAUCAUUGGCUUCGCCCAAGAAGCAAGCUCCCGAGGCUGAUGCUCAAGAGGCCUUACGUAACGCUGUUGAGAUCUCCAUCGCUCGCCAGAUCAGCGUCUCGCACCAGCAACGCAAGAUGCUGCACCCGCUAAAGAGCAACCCCAGCUUGAGACAUCGAGGUAACGGCAGCCCGAGCGGACCAGGUUACAUCCCAAUUGAGAAGGAUGAGCGUCUAGCUGAGACCAAGUCAUCUACCCCUACCUUGGUGCACCCAAGGGAGUUGACUCACUCUCCUGAUGCUUACCAAAUGCACCGCAAGAGUGAGAGAGUAAUUCUUGAGGAAUCUUAAAACUCGCAUUUCAUGAUGAACAACCAGAUCGCCAUUUCGGUUUCAUUUUAUAUCUUUGUCACGAUUUCUACAAUACCCUUUUCAUGAUGCUCUGGCAGCAUCUCACCAUGGCGGACUCAACUGGUUUGAGCCGUCUUGUACAUACCACAGGGUUUCCUUCCCUCCUAUACGUUUGUCUCCUUUGUAUACUACGCUUUCAGUGACGGAUAUGUUUGGACAUUAUGGAUUACGGACUUACAGCAAGGCGCCAGAGAAGCAUGAAUGGGCAAGACACGGGACAGCAGACUCGUCCCUAGAGCAUCUCGUUGGAGUUUCUUCUUCUUCAAAAAGCAAAGGGGUUAUCAUUUCUUCUUAAGCACUCUGGGUCAAAAGACUCAGAUUUUAUUCUUCUUUGUGUAUCUUUCGAUCAGAUUAGGUUUGGUGAUAAGUGAGCAUUUCACACUUGUCCAAUUUAUGGACUUUUUUUUUUAACAUGUCAAAAAGAAUGAUUCCCAUUUGGCACCCAUCUGCCUUCGAUCGUACUGCC